GAUGGAAAUGGAUAUAUUGACAGGAAGGAACUGAGGGUUAUGAUGAGAUUCAUUGGAGAACCUGUAACAGAAGAUGAAAUUGAGAAUAUACUGGAGGAAGCGGACACGGAUAAAAAUGGAUUGAUUGAUUACACAGAAUUCUUUGCUCUCAUGGCUCCCAGCAGAUCGUAGUUGACUUACUUAUGUUUCUAAAAUUAUGUUAUUUUCACAAUUUGCUUUUGUCUUUAAUUCAAAAAUUCCUUCAUGUUGUGCCUCGGACCAUAUUUAUUUAAUUUAUUAUUUAUUGCUUUCCUUGUUAUGAAAACUAACAUUAAAAGUUAUCUUUUUCACUUUUCAAAUACUGACAUUAAUUUAGUUCAUUCUUGUAUUUUAGUUUGACUCUUGUAAAAUAAUAAUAAA